GGGGAGGCGGGAGGUGGCAUCGCUGCAGCCCGGCCACCGGCGGGGCCCGGGGCCAGAGGCAGCCCCGUUCGGCCCCUUCUCCGCCUCCGCAGAAACACCUGCGGGGGGGGGGAGGAUGCGGGGGAGUGGCCGCCCCCCUCCGCGGGAGCGCUGCCUGGCCCCCGAGCUGUCCCGGCGAGGAGAAGGAGGAGAAAGACGAGGAAAGGAAGAGAAAGGAGCAGGAGGGAAGUGGGGAAGUUGUGCUUUGCCCGCCCCGCCGAGAGCCGGAGCCAUGGGCAUCGGCGGGGGGACGAGGGUUGCCCCCUCGCUGCUGUUCUCGCUGCUACUCGGAGCCUCGGCCCCUCUCUGGCUGCGGGCGGAGAAGCUGGGGGAUGGAUGUGGGCACACAGUGAUGUACCAAGACAGCGGGACCCUGGCCUCCAAGAACUAUCCUGGGACAUACCCAAACUACACUCUUUGUGAAAAGAAAAUCCAAGUACCUCCAGGAAAACGUCUGAUCUUAAAAAUUGGAGACCUGGAUAUUGAAUCACAGAAAUGUGAAUCCAGCUACCUUAGCAUCCAGAGCUCUUCAACAUUGCAUGGGCCAUACUGUGGUAAUGUGAUGCCCAUCCCCAAAGAAAUAAUUCUGGAUAGCAAUGAAGCAACUAUUCACUUUGAGAGUGGAUCCCAUGUGUCAGGACGAGGCUUUCUAUUAUCCUAUGCUAGCAGUGAUCAUCCAGAUCUAAUAACAUGUUUGGAACGAGCGAACUACUACACAAAGACUGAAUACAGCAGAUACUGUCCUGCUGGCUGCAGAGACAUAGCAGGUGACAUUUCUGGGAAUAUCGGAGAAGGAUACAGAGAUACCUCCCUGCUGUGCAAGUCAGCGAUCCACGCGGGCAUCAUUGCAGAUGAGCUGGGCGGUCAGAUCAGUGUCACCCAGCAGAAGGGCAUCAGCCGCUACCAAGGUGUCGUCGCCAAUGGUGUCCCCUCGCUUGAUGGUUCGCUGUCAGAUAAGCGGUUCAUAUUUACUUCAAAUGGCUGCAACAAAUCUCUCAGUCUGGACGAGGGAUUCCUCUCCAAGAGCCAGGUUACUGCAUCUUCCUACUGGGAGGAAACCAAUGAAUUUGGGCAACUCUUCCAGUGGUCUCCUGACAAGGCUUGGCUUCAAGUUGCAGGAUUGGCUUGGGCCUCUAACCACAGCAGUAAUCGUGAAUGGUUGGAGAUAGACCUGGGAGAGAAGAAGAGAAUAACAGGGAUUAAAACCACUGGCUCUGGUUCCAUGAUGCUGAAUUUGAACUUUUAUGUAAAGACAUUUACAAUGAACUACAAAAAUAACAAUUCAAAAUGGAGGACUUACAAAGGGAUUCUGAGCAACGAAGAAAAGGUAUUUCAAGGCAACUCCAACUCUGGUGACAUAGUACGCAAUAAUUUCAUCCCUCCCAUAGUGGCCCGUUACGUGAGAAUUGUCCCUCAAACUUGGAACCAAAGAAUAGCAUUGAAGCUUGAGCUGAUGGGCUGUCGAAUCAUGCAAGCUAAUAGCUCGUUUACACAUUCAAUGUGGCAGAAACCAAGCCAGAGCACAGAAACCUCCCUUGGAAAAGAAGACAGGACUGUUACAGAGCCCAUCCCAUCAGAAGAAACUAACUUGGGCUUAAAGCUUACAGCUAUAAUUGUCCCUGCCCUCGUUGUGCUGUGUCUGUUCCUGUUCUCUGGAAUUUGUAUCUGUGCUGCCCUAAGAAAGCGGGAAGCUAAAGGACUUUCUUAUGGAUUAUCAAGUGCUCAGAAAUCAGGUUGCUGGAAGCAAAUCAAGCAGCCUUUCACCAGACACCAGUCAACUGAAUUUACCAUCACCUAUAGUAAUGAGAAGGAGACACCACAAAAACUGGAUCUGGUCACCAGUGACAUGGCAGAUUAUCAGCAGCCUCUCAUGAUCGGGACGGGGAUGGUCACGCGGAAAGGAUCUACUUUUAGACCCAUGGACACCAAAGAUGACGGAAGAAGGGGGAGUGCAGAGUUUGAAAAUCAUUAUCACUGCCCACACAGAGGUAACCGGCACGAAUAUGCUCUGCCCCUGACCAGCCAAGAGCCUGAAUAUGCCACCCCCAUCAUAGAGAGGCAUGUAGCAAGGGAAAAUAAUUUCUCUUCUGAAAAUGGCUACAAUGUACCUGUCAUCUCCUCCCAGAAACACUCCCUUUCUGGAGCCAGCUUCUCCAGCUCGUGUAAGACCGAUACCAGGAAUGGAGACUAUCAGACACCCCAGAGUGUCAUAAAUUACGACAAACCCAAAGCUAAUGGUGUUCUGACCUCCGUGAGCUACAGCACGGACUACCAGAAACCUCAGCCCAACACCCUUGGGAGCGAGGGCUACUCAACACCCAGAGACUGCCUAAAACCAAUAAGCCAGACAGCAAUGACAGCUCUCUUGUGAUCUGCUGAGGAGGAGAGACGUGGUGCGCAGGAACAUCGCUGCACAGCUUUCUGAAGUGAAAACAGAGUUUGGAGGGACUCUGCUGCAGGAGGCAGAAGGCAAACAAACCCUGUGUACAUAAUAUUGCAGUCUUGCUGGGUUCUGACAUCUGAAGAAAGCAUAUGCUGUUUAUCACUGUUUAUAGCAAGAGAGAUGUUAUCAGUGAAGACUGUACAUCUUAUUUUCUGUAACUGAUCUCAGUGCUCCAUUUGCAAUGUGUGCAAUUUGUACAUAGCUUUUAUUUAAGGAGAAUUUCUUAAGUUUUGUUAUCACCUGUGGGAUUGAAAGGGUUGCAGAAAUGCGUAUUUAAGAAAAAAAGAAAAAAAAGGCAAGGCCUCAUCCUCUGUGUUUAUUUACCUGCGUUGUGCUGGCAGCUGUUGAUGUUGUAUCUUACGGUUGUGGUGAUUCAUCUCCUUUCCUAUGAUAACUGAAGACAGGGCAUCAGUGAAGUUCUUGUUGGGAGCAUAGAAGUAAAACUACUUGAAACAUAACAUCCACAAGAGAAGGCAUCUGCACAGCUAGAUAUUGUGUUCAAACCCACCUUCCUGGCUGUUUUUUAAGCAGCAAUUCUCACAAACUUGAAUUUGAUCUUAGCGUAUGAGCUGAGCCUGCCUUAACUUGCUAUUCGUGCUAGAAACAGGUAGAAAAGCUGAAACGAGCUUUGGGUUCAAGUCAUAGUGAUAAAUUGGCAAUAGAAAAAAAACCCAAGCAACAAGCCCAAAACGUGUCCAUCUGUUUUUUUGCAGGAAGUGUAUGUGUAUGGACCAAAGAUGUGAAUUUACGGCUGAGAAUUAAAUCCUGUUCAAGCCCUAGCUGAUGCUUUUGUUGCUAAAAUGUAAGGAAAUCUGUUCCUUGGCACAAAGCAGCAAACUUCCUGAACUCUUGAUUGCUCCACUAGCAAAUGUUUGUCUUGCAAACAUUAUUUGAAAUAUUUUGACUAAGUAGAAUACAGUGUGUGCGUAUGGUUUACUGUUGCAGUUAAAUUUGCAAGACAGCAGAUCAGCACAGUUCUUUUCAAACAGUUCUGCAGCUGAUGUCACCCUUAAUUCUGAUUUCAGAUCAGCCUGAAAAAUUAUAGGGCUGGGUGCAAUAUAUUGCACAGUAGUUGGCUCCUCUUUUAGCAGGAGCAUCAUUGAAGUGAAAACAGCUCCUGGUAAUGACUGGGACCAUCCCUUCUAUACCUAGAGUGCUUGGAGCCUUAGUUUGAAAUCACAAGCUUGCCCUAAAAUGGCAGAAUUGCUGUACUUCUGGGAAAGAAGAAUGGUGCUAUGUUUAAAGAACAAGGUUGGGAAACGAGACCAGUAAAACCUGAGCUCUGGGAAACUCGCUGUCUGCAGGCCCUCCAUUUCCUUGGCUAUAAACAGGAUAAUUCAUAAAAGACGCAACAAAUAUUUGUGGUCUACUCCCAAAGGGCUUUCAGAUCCUUGGGUAGAAAGUGCUGUCAAGAGCACAGGCUUGUUGCAGCAGUACCACUCGGAUAUUGCUGACUCCAGACAUAUCCAACCUUAAGACAAGCUCUAAGAGGCUUCUUUGCACACACUUCUGUUGUGGCCUCGGCCGUGCUGUUCCCUCACACUGCUGCACCCUGCAUGUGAUUCUGGUGCAAAAGAUGAAAGAGUCAUGGUAACCUUGAAGCCUUCCUGUGUUUGCUGUCAAUACAGUUUCUGUGAAAUGUCUAAAACACCUCAGGUCCUGAAGUGAAACAGCAGCAGCCUGUUUGUUAGACCGAGCUGGGCAGUGUUGUUUACCUUCUGUUGUUUACAUGUCUUUGUAAAUAAAGAACACUGGUAUUU